AGAGUGUAAGGGAGGAGGAGGAGGGGAAACAAGAGAUUGAUCGUUUUGAAUUUUCAAGAGAUCAUUUUUAUUACAGUGGGCGUUUGAAAAGCAGGCUCUGAACAUUAUCCACAGAGAAAGGGGGUGGAGAGACAGAGAGGCACAGGCUGCUGCGAGAGAAGCCUAGCGAUUGCGCGCUGCUGCGAACUGUUUUCGCAGCCUUGGGGAACGCGCGCGCACACUCCCUGGUUGGCGCUCUACUGCACAGGGCUGUUGCAAAGUUUCGCCUGCCAUCAUACACCAGGAUUUUCCUGCUUCGCCGCUGCAACCUUGAACUUUGGCAACGUGGUUGAUAGUACCGUGGUGUAUCCCGCUAGCAGCUUUUCCAAAGCGCUUGGAAAUCCGGGAGAAAGGAAAAAAGCAACGCGAGGAAGGAAAAAUAUCCCGACCCCCCCCUUAACUCCCUGCAUUCCAUUCAACCCCCACCCCCCACUCCCAAUUCCGCCUCCUUCUGUCCCAAUUCACCAGCAGCCACUGCAAGCAGCAGCAAGAGUGAACCGCCGCCGAGAACAAGAGGGUUAAAAGUGUAGAUUGGAUUUCACCCCGGGAAAUCUAGCGCUCGGAGUGAACUUGAAUCUCUGGCUAUUUAAGGAGGACUGGGGCUGGUUGCGAAGUUGUGGCGAUUCAAGGCAGAGCUUGCUCCUGAUCCAUCUUUUCCUUUUGGAAGCGUUAGAUGAUUGUAAAAUGAAUAGAUGAAACCGUUGCGCUUUUGAUACUUUUCCUCUCGGCAGAAGUGCUAUCUUAGAGCGAAGUCAUGAUGUAUUCUCCCAUCUGUCUCACUCAGGAUGAAUUUCACCCAUUCAUUGAGGCACUUCUUCCACAUGUCCGUGCAAUUGCCUACACUUGGUUCAACCUUCAGGCUCGAAAACGCAAGUACUUUAAAAAACAUGAAAAGCGAAUGUCAAAAGAUGAAGAAAGAGCAGUCAAGGAUGAGUUACUUAGUGAAAAGCCAGAAAUUAAACAGAAGUGGGCAUCCAGGCUUCUCGCCAAAUUGCGCAAAGAUAUCCGCCAAGAAUAUCGAGAGGAUUUUGUGCUUACUGUUACUGGGAAGAAGCACCCAUGCUGUGUAUUAUCCAAUCCUGACCAGAAGGGCAAGAUUAGGAGAAUCGACUGCCUUAGACAAGCAGACAAAGUCUGGCGCCUGGAUCUAGUUAUGGUGAUCCUUUUUAAAGGUAUCCCCCUGGAAAGUACGGAUGGAGAACGGCUCAUGAAAUCCCCCCAUUGCACAAAUCCAGCACUUUGCGUUCAGCCGCAUCACAUAACAGUAUCAGUCAAGGAGCUUGAUUUGUUUCUGGCAUACUAUGUACAGGAUCAAG